AUGGCUCCAAAAAGAGUUCAUGUGAAUGUGUUGUCUAAAUUCAAACUGAAAACAACAUUUUGGUCAUAGUAAGUAGAGCCCCAAGGAAUAAAAAUUCCAUUAUUGGAUUUUGAUCUUUUGGAAUCGAAGUUUUGCGAGAAAAUAGAUCCAAAUGCUAAUAAGAAAGAAACAAAAGCUUUGCCAAAACCAACAUUGAUUUAUAUAGAAGAAUAAAAAAAAGUAAACAACACAGCAAUAGUAAUGAUGAAAUUUCCUGUAAAACCAAAUUUAAUAAUCGAAUGGCUGAACGUGCUUUCAGAGAAAUUAGAUAUUGAACUGAUUGAAAAGUUGAUUUCAAUAGCACCUCUAGAUGAAGAUGCAAAGUUGUUAAGAGAAUUUGAAGGAGAUUGGACAAAAGUGAAUGAUGCUGAAAAGUUCUUAGCAGAAUUCAUAAAGAUUUAUCGAUAUCGAUAGAGAUUAGAUAGUUUAUUAUUUAAAAGAACAUUUGAUUCAGAAUUUAAUGAUACAUUUAAAAAGAUAGGUUAUUUAUAAGAACCAAUUCUUCUAGUGAAAACAGAUCCCCGUUUGAAAAUCUUUUUACAAUUAACACUUAAUAUAGCUAAUUUUUUAAAUCAUGGAACUCCAAAAGCAAAUGCUGGUGGAAUUGGAUUAGAUAGUUUGAAUGUAGUCGAUUCAAUAAAGGCAAUAGAUAAGAAAACAAACCUGUUGUUAUAUUUAACUAAGAUAGUGAAAUAAUAAGAAAUAAAACUCAAAGUCUUUUUUGAUGAUGUGCUUCUAUUGGAGGAUGCUUAAAAGGUAGAAUUGGCUGAUAUUGAAAAUAAAAUGAAUGAAUAUAAUAAAGGAUUAAAGAAGAUUAAUGAUGAAAUAGCAGCGCUACAAAAAGCAAUAGAUAAUAGUCUAUUGACAGAGGAAUAGAAUGUUGCAUCAUUAAAAUUCAUUGAAUUAUUUCAAGAAUUUUUAAAGGAAGGAGAUUGGAAAAUGUAAGCCUAUUAAAAGAAGUUCGAGUAGAUAAAGUUAGACAUAAAGCAAGUGGGCUAAAUGUAUGGAGAGAAUGAUAAUUACAGUAUCAAAGAUUUCUUAGGAUAACUAUUUACAUUUGCAAAUAAAUUCAGAGCUGCUUACAUUAAAAUGGAAGUAGAUGAGGCAUUAGAAAAUAAGCCAAAACCUUAAUAACAAGAUACAAAAGGCAGAUCUAAGACUUUAGUAUAAUCUACUCCUGAAACCUAAGGGAAUAAAAACUAAUUAGAUCCUAAAUCUAACUUUUAUAAAGCAACGACUCCUAGUAGUGGAAUGAGGAUGAGUACAUCUGCAAAAAUGAAUGCAAAGAAUGUAAUGAGUGCUGUGGCUAAGUAAAGGGAAAGUAAAAUGCAUGAGAACAUUUCAAUAGUCUAAAAAUAACAAUAAUAAUAAAUUAUACCAUAAGCUCCAACAAAUGUAAUUUAAAAUGCUAGAACUGGUGUUAUUUCUUUUAAGUAAUGA